AUGAUAGACUCAUUUGUGGUUGGAGUUGCCUGGGGCAGAAAAUUAAUUAAUACAAUACAAGAAAUUCAAUAGGCUACAAAUUACUUAUACCAAUUAAACCAAGAAGUUGAACUCUCUUAAAAAUCUAUAUUCUACAAACUUGACUUAUUCCAAAAGUUUCUGCAUGAGGAAAAUUGCCGAUUAUUUCCAUAAGUUGAGGCAAAAUUAUAAUAAUAAUUGCCUCAAGACUAGAUCAUCUAAGAACCUGAAAUAAAUCAAAAAAAUCAGAUCGCUAUUGAUAAAUAAGGGUUGAAUGAGUCAUUGUGUGGAAUUUGUAAUUUCCAAAUCAAUGAUCUACCUGAUGAAAAAUUCAAAAUCCCUUAAUGUGGACAUGAAUUCCACAAUUUAUGUCUUUACUAAGAAAUUGAUUAGAGGGAUUAAGUAAAAUGCAGCACUUGUUCAAUUUAAUUGGAUCCAAAAAUUAAAACAGAUUUAUUAGAAAAAAUUUCUCCUUCAUUUAGGUCUUGCUGUCCUUUUAUAGGUUGUAAGGAGGAAUUCAUAUAUUAUGGACAAGCUAAAUUUACUUGCUAAGAGAGCAAGAUAACGUUUUGUUUGAAAUGUAAAUAGAUGGAACAUAAUUAUUAAUGUAAUUUAGGAAUAGACCAUAUUGAAAUGAGAUAAGGAUAGAGAUUCAAAUUUUGUUAUGACUGCGAAUAAAUGAUAAUUUUAAAUUUUUAAGAUUUAAAUACUCAUUAAUGCAAGGUACAACAAGAAAGCCAAAACACUAAACCAUAGGGAUUUCUCUCUAGAUUCAAAAAGCUCUUCAGAAAAGAUUAGAAAUAAUGA